AGGCUGCUUUCCGGAGAAUCACUGUCACAUCACGAAAAUAGUGGAGACACACUACGAGCGGUCGGGGAAGCUCCAUAUCACCGAGGAUGUCUACGCAAAGCUCGUUUGUGUGCUGUACACUCAAGGAAUUGCCAACAGGGAAUGGAGAGAGUUUGGCAGAACAGAAGUCAUCGACAACACCCUCAACCCUGACUUUGUCCGCAAAUUCAUCCUGGACUAUUUCUUCGAGGAGAGGCAGAAUCUACGCUUUGACCUGUACGAUUUGGACUGCAAGAGCGACAACCUCUCGAAACACGACUUCCUGGGCCAGGCUUUCGGCACGCUAGGUGAGAUCGUUGGAUCUCUGGGGAGUCGCCUGGAAAAACCUUUGAUUGGGAUACCGGGAAAGAAAUGUGGCACCAUCAUAGUGAGAGCAGAAGAGCUGAGCAACUGCAGGGAGUCGGUGAUGCUGCAGUUUUGUGGCAACAAGCUGGACAAGAAGGAUUUCUUUGGCAAAUCGGAUCCCUUCCUCGUCUUUUACCGCAGUAACGAAGACGGAUCGUUUACCAUCUGCCACAAGACAGAAGUGGUGAAGAACACUCUGGAUCCGGUGUGGCAGGCAUUUAAAAUUCCUGUCAGAGCGCUGUGUAACGGAGACUACGACAGGAGCAUUAAGGUGGAGGUGUACGACUGGGACAGAGAUGGAGGCCACGACUUUAUCGGAGAGUUCAGCACCAGCUACAGAGAAAUGUCCAGAAGCCAAUCACAGUUCCACAUCUACGAGGUGCUAAAUCCAAAGAAAAAAGGAAAGAAGAAGAAAAAAUACCAAAACUCAGGAACGGUCACCCUCCUGUCCUGCCUGGUGGACACCGAGCUCUCCUUCCUGGACUACAUCAGAGGCGGGACUCAGAUUAAUUUCACGGUGGCAAUUGAUUUCACAGCAUCAAAUGGCAACCCGUCCCAGCCCACCUCGCUCCAUUACAUGAGCCCGUACCAGCUGAAUGACUACGCCAUGGCACUGCGGGCGGUGGGAGAGAUUAUCCAGGACUACGACAGCGACAAGUUGUUUCCUGCGCUCGGAUUUGGGGCCAAGCUUCCCCCAGACGGGAGGGUCUCGCACGAGUUCGCCCUGAACGGUAAUCCACAGAACCCAUACUGCAACGGAAUCGAGGGGGUGAUGGAGGCCUAUUACCAGAGUCUCAAAUCUGUGCGUCUCUACGGGCCAACCCACUUCUCCCCUGUUAUUAACCAUGUGGCCAGGUAUGCGUCAGCGGUGACAAACGGAUCACAGUACUUCAUCCUGCUCAUUAUCUCUGACGGCGUCAUCACAGACAUGGCACAGACCAAGGAGUCCAUCGUUAAUGCCGCGUCUCUGCCCAUGUCAAUUAUAAUAGUUGGGGUUGGACCAGCGGAAUUUGACGAAAUGAUCGAGCUGGACGGGGACGAGGAGAGGAUCUCUUCCCAAGGACGAUAUGCGGAGAGGGACAUAGUUCAGUUUGUUCCUUUCAGAGACUACAUCGACCGGCGAGGAAACCACAUCCUCAGCAUGGCUCGCCUGGCUAAGGAAGUGCUCGCUGAAAUCCCAGACCAGUUCCUGUCCUACAUGAGAACCAGAGGGAUCAAACCCGGCCCCCUUCCUCCCCCUUACACCACCUGUCCUACACCUGCUCUCCACCCACUCCUUGCCAGACGGGUAAGCCGAAUCUAAAGGCCUUGGUGUCUCUUCAGCGCCGGCCAGCUGACUCCUCUGGUCUGUCCUCUCCUCUUUCUGCUUCUUCUUCCUGCUCUUCACUGGAAGCUUUUGAGCACACGGACCUCGCCAGCUCUCUCAUGCUGCACUGUUGGGGGACGUUUUGCCAUGAGCCAUGAUCAUGAUGCGGAAAACCUAGAGUGGGACGCUUCAGACGGACAUUUCUUGUAGGUUUUGAAGGAGGAGGAUCCUGGUGUCCCAGAAAGACAGAACAGGACUGAGAUUGACCACUCGCAGCUUUCAGACCAUAAGGGUCCAAGCUUUGGAGCCCCUGUUUUCAAACACUGUUCAUCUAUUUUCGAUUUCUCUUUCCACUUCCUCUAUCUCUCACAAUAUCAUCUUUCAAUAUAUAAAUGUUUACAAAUCGAGGACUGGAGUGGGAGUUUUUUUCAGGAGGACAUUUAUACCGAUCAAUGUGAAAACCUUUCAGAUUCCUAUUUUUCGGCUGCAGAAAACUGGAAGUUGUGACUUUGUACAAAAAAAACAUUUAGGCCCUGGUGCCACGUUCCUCAUUACAGAGUAGUUUUUUUUUUUUUUUUCAAAUAAAUGGAGCAUGUGCUAGUUUAAGAGAAGCAUGCACUGUCGUCUUGCACUCAGGGCUUUGUCCCUCCCACAAAACCCCACCAACCCCAACACCCCUGCCAUGCCCCAUUACAAGCCAACCCAUCACCGGCAACCUGAAAUCU